AUGCUCCUGCCAACACGUUUUCUCUUCGGGAGGGAUCAAAGCAAGGCGGAAGGUGUCAGCGAGGCCGCCUCCGUGGUGCCUGCCCCAGCGCUCUUGCUCAAGGGACUCCUCGCAUCUCUUGACACCAUCUACCUUACCUUUGAUUCAUUCUUGAGCAGCAGAACUAUCUCAGCACCUUGCGUACCAACUCAUUUCGUGGCCAUGCUGAGUAAUCAUGGAAGCCGGGAGGAAUCGAAGGAGAGCCUGGAACGGGAGACGGGAGGUCCGAGGGGAGGUGCUGAAGCCUGGGCCGGCCUCCUACCUUCCACGUUCUCCGAGCGUCUCGGGCCAACGUGGAUCACGUAA